AUGAAUCAGCUCAUCAGCAUCAUCCUGCCUCUGCUUCUGCUCUCUUUUGGGGUGCAGAUCAGAGGGCAGUCUGCAGCAGGUAAUACUAACAAGACACGAUCCCUUGACAGGCCUUACCUUGGAAUCAUCACUGUGGGCAAUGGACAGAUUUGGGGCUCGUGGGGCAAUCGAGAGAUGUGUCCAUUGGGCACCUAUGCCACAGGUUUCAGUCUCAAGGUUGAAUCAAAUCAGGGAUUUUGGGGUGAUGACACCGCCCUAAAUGGAAUUGCUCUUCGCUGCACUCCACCUAAUAAGCCGUCAAACGCCAUUAUCAACUACUCUACAGUUCAAUCCAACUCAGGAAGCUGGGGGCAAUGGACACAAAAUAAGUGGUGCACAAAUGGACAACUGGUAGCCUUCCAGCUGCGUGUGGAGCCCAAACAAGGAUUUGGAGAUGAUUCUGCUGCCAACAACAUAAGGUUCAGAUGCAGCGGAGGUGACGUGUGGGAGGGUGACGGAAUGGGCUGGGGGAGCUGGGGCUCCUGGAGCCCGACCUGUGCUGGAAGGGGGAUCUGCGGCAUUGAAACUAAGGUAGAGGCUCCUCAAGGACCAGGAGAUGACACCUCUCUUAACGAUGUCCGCUUCUACUGCUGCAGUUAAGGAUGCGCUGAUGCAACAGGAAGACGAGAUGCAGCUCUGUAUAUAUCAUAAACCUUCUAGCACAUAUUCUCUGUCUGUCUAAGUAAAUCAAUAUCCA